UAAGAUCUGACAUAGUCUCGGACCUUCCUCUCGAAGGCCCUCCUAUUAAUGUUGUGCUGUUCGGCUGCCGGUACAUUCAGAGGGUCCUCGAAAUCACACAAGUCGGUAAACAGUGCAUUCAGUCCCCAAAUCACGUCUUUGAGACUCCGCGUGGGCAGCCAGCCAGUGCCGUCCAUAGUGUGUUCUCGCAGUAUACUCAGACAUAUCUUCCCUUCUUCUGUUAUGUUGGGGUGCCAUAGUUUUGUAAGACACACUACUUUGGGCGGCUUUAUGUUGUACUCGGGAGGGAUCUCUAUUUCAAAUGUGAACUUCCCGCCUUUCCAGUAGCCCUCCUCGGGGGAGAUGUAGAGAGUGAAACGUCUCAAGUCGUCUACGUUACCGAAACUGACGGAGCACGUCUUCGGCAUGCAGGAUUGGAUCUCGGAGACCUCUCGCGUCAGGAAACGGCUCCUGACUGACAUUUGUUUGCUCAGAGACGGAGGAUUGGUGGUCUGCGGGCCUUCUUCUCCGCUUCCUCCUUUCGCUUCUGCUGUAGCUUGAACAUUAUUACUGUUCUCGGUGUCUCGUUGUUUGUGUUAAAAAUUUCUCGGUAACACACCCUGACCCACGCAUAAAUAGAGAAACGAUAAUUAUUACGGAACGCACGACUCUGCAAGCGUUCCGUUUCUACUCACCAGCGACAAUUGCUUGCUUGAGCGCUAGCAAAGAAGAGAAGAGGAGAAAGCGACUUGUUCGACGUAGCCGUCAUGGCGGCCCUGAAAGAUAUAGUGGCUAAACGGUUUCUGGACGACAUUCUGGGCUCCGUGUGCAAGCCAGGGCAAUGGAAGGUGUUGGUGUUAGACCAUCUGAGUACUCGGAUAAUGUCAGCCUGUUGCAAGAUGCAAGACGUCAUGACCAAAGGAGUCACUCUUGUUGAAUCUCUGGACAAGUCUCGUCAGCCACUGGCUCACAUGGAGGCUAUCUACAUCCUUGUCCCGUCUGAGAAGACUGUUGCCAAGUUGAUUGGUGAUUUCGAAGGGGCCCCCACCUACAAAACUGCCCACGUCUUCUUCCUCGAGAAGUGCUCGACUAGCCUCUUCUCUAAACUUGGCUCGAGCAAGGCGGCUAAAAGGAUUGUGUCUCUGCAGGAGGCAAACAUGGCCUUUCUGCCGUACGAGAGCAAGGUGUUCACUCUUGAUUACACCGACAUUUUCGAAGACUUCUACUCACGGGACAGAGUCAGCGCUGGACACGUGUGCGAGAGGAUCGCCGACCAGUUGGCGACCGUGUGUGCCAUGAUGGGGGAGUACCCCUCCGUCCGAUAUCGCAGUGAGGUGAGCAGGACAGCAGAAAUAGCCGAGGCCCUACAGAACAGACUGGACGCCUACAAAGCCGAGAAGAGAGAACUUGGCAGCGCUCCGGAGAAAGCAAAGUCCCAGCUCAUUAUUCUGGACCGAGGGUUUGACGUGACCACACCCCUCAUCCAUGAGCUGACGUACCAGGCCAUGGUUUACGACCUCCUGUCCAUCAAGAGCGACGUAUACUCGUUCAGUGCUACUACAAUGGCUGGAGACCAGAAAAAGAAAGAUGCGAUUCUUGAUGAGAACGAUGCCAUUUGGGUACGACUGCGGCAUCAGCACAUUGCAGAUGUCUCAAAAGAAGUGUCAGAGCAGUUUCAGCAGUUUGCUACCAAGAAGAAGCUGAAACAUGCUGGAGAUCCUGAUAUUUCCAUCAAGGACCUGGCUCGCCAUAUCAAGCAAGUUCCUCAGUACCAGAAGGAGCUGAGUGGAUAUUCUCUCCACAUCCAUCUGGUUGACAGUUGUCUCCGGAAGUUCCGUGGAGGAAUCAACAAACUCUGCAAGGUGGAACAGGACAUGGCGAUGGGUACGGAUGCCCAGGGAGACCCGGUCACCGACCCUCUCAGAGAUAUGAUGCCCUGCCUCUUUGACAGGAACAUACAAGUGUACGACAAGAUGAGGUUACUGAUGCUCUAUAUCAUCUUCAAAGGAGGAGUGAGUCGGGAAGACUUUAUGAAGCUGAUGCAGCACUCGGAGAUCCCAGGGCCUGAGAGAGCUGUUCUGAUGAAUCUGAUGCACUUUGGAACUACCAUCAUCACUGAGGAACGUGUGAAGGAGGCCAAGCACAAGCUGAAGCGUAUCGACCGAGUGGGAGAAAACUAUGAGCUGUCCCGCUGGGUCCCACUAGUCAAGGACGUUGCCGAGCAUGCAGUCAAUGGCCGACUGGACGAGAGCUAUGCCCCCUUCAUCCGGAAGCCUCGUUCAAGUUCCAGCAGUGCCAGUGGGUGGAGCUCCGGGACCUCGGCCAGCUCGGCGGCUGGGAUCACCACGACCAGCGUCCGUCAGCGGUGGAACUGGAUCCCCACCCAGAGGGGCGGAGGGGUUGACAAGGAGGCGGGGCCAACCAUAAUGAUAUUCAUUGUGGGAGGGAUGACCUACUCUGAGAUGAGGGCCAUCUACGAGAUCUCCAAGACCACCUCUGACUGCGAGGUCAUCAUUGGAGCAACGCAUGUGCUCACUCCAAAUUCGUUUCUCGGGCAACUGAAGAAGCUGAGGCCACUCGUCAGCACCUGA